AAGAUUGGCACCCUUUGAAUUCCUUACCUCGCUCUGUAGACAAAGCUAAGGACCAGUUCCGGUGCAUGGAAGUAAGCUAGCUUGCCAUGCUAUGAUAUCGUGUGCUUAAAAGCUUUCAUGGGGAAUGAUCCAUGGUCCACGCAACCAUCGCAGCCACAGAGGAACGGUUCUGUGGCCUUUGAAUCUGCUCUCUGGCUCCCUCUUACAUCAAACAAGAGAUUGGAGAUGCAAGGCGUAGCUCAAGCAAUACGUUUCCAUGGGAACCGUCUGAAACUCGCGGUUCUACAGCACAUCAGCAUGAAGGAAAAAUCUUUCUGGUCCAACUUAUUUACACGCUUUGAGAGCGCAAUUUCAACUCCCAGCUUACCUCAAAGGGGAUUGGAGAAUACAACAAUUGCAGAGCUCUUCAAAGCAAAGGGGGAAGAUAAGGCAGGAGCCGUUUACUGGUGUAGUACCACAGACACAGUCUAUGAUGCCGUGAAGAAUAUGACACAACAUAAUACUGGAGCUUUGGUUGUUGUGAAGCCAGGGGACGAAAAACUGCUUGCUGGAAUAAUCACCGAAAGAGAUUAUCUCCAGAAGAUCAUUGUGCAAGGAAGAUCUUCCAAAGCCACAAGAGUUGGAGAAAUCAUGACUGAAGAGAACAAGCUCAUUACGGUGUCUUCUGACACAAAUAUUCUUCAAGCAAUGCAGCUAAUGACAGAUAAACAUAUUCGACAUGUUCCUGUGAUAGAUCAGAAGGUAGUUGGCAUGAUUUCCAUUGUAGAUGUUGUCCGAGCAGUAGUAGAACAACAACAUCAGGAAGUGAAGCGUUUGAAUGAAUUUAUUAGAGGGGAUUACUACUGAAUGUCAGCGAU